UUGGCACUUUUUUUAUUAUUUCCAACUAAUAAUUAUACUUUCAUAUAUUUUCUCAAUUUCGACAGCCUCCUCGGCAUUGCUGAACUCUCCGUAUGCUGCAAAAGCCAUGCAUCCUGUCCUAAGCAUGUAGAAGCCAAAUUCCCUGAAACGCCUCGAUAUCUUCCUAACGAAUUGGUUCUUAACUGUAUCUUUGGCCAGAUUAAGAAGGAGCAAGUCCAGCCUGUGAGUAUACAGAAUAAUCCUUCUUCUAGUCUUCAGCAUUUUAAAGUUUUCCCUCCAUUUUUCGCGUGCUCGAUGUGCCUCUUGGAGGUGGAGAAUGGCCGACGCAUUUCUACCGUUUGGGAGCAAAAGAGCAGUCGAGCUGCCGUUGGCUCAGAUCUGCCUUGGCGCGAUGAAACGUUCUGCCUGUCCACUUCUCGCGAUACCCAUCUGCCUCUGAGCCCCUCCGAUGACGAGGCUGUGGAGGCAAAUCCUCGAACCAGCUCUACCACUGCUUGGCCAUUGUACCUCUUCCAGUUCGGACGAUCUCGCCGCCCCAUCCACUUUGUCUCGCUGGCCUGUGGCGGCUGUCUCCUGCUGGCCUGCAUCGCAGCUCUCUGUUUCUACGCCUCCCGAGCCGUCUGUCCCGGUUCGACAAUCACUGGCCACGCUCGGACCUGGUCGUUAACCGGGCGCAUCGCCGCAGCUUGCAAACUAGAUCGCAACACUGUUUUUGCUGUUUCUAUAACUACAGAUCGGCCUGUACCCGUCUGA